AUGUCCGUUAGAGAGAAAUCCGUCAUGAACGUUGACGAUUUGUAUAUUGUCCUCCACCAUCAUUGGACAAAAGACACAACACCCUAUCCGGAUGGUCGACAAAUAAUCCAACUCGCCUUCCUCCUUCUGGUGUCGGCUUAUACCGCCAGUCGACCAGGAGCGCUGGUGUAUGUCGAGAAGAACGAACGGACUAAUGUUCAACACUUUUUCAGCAAUGCAGACGAUGGUGAGGGUGAAAAUGAGGAUGAUUGGGACCUCAGGAAUGAGGAUCUCAAAACUCUUUGUUACGGCCAGAUCAGCUUGAUUCUGCUACCAAACCCUGGAGGCAACCGUGACCACCUUGUUAUGGAAAUUGACUUGAAGCAUACCAAGGGCCAUCAUAGCAGACCGAAAAGGUGGUAUAUUCCAUGGCAUUGCUUUUGCUCCAUUGAACUGACCAUGUCUGAAAGGAAAAUAUUCUUGGUGUCCGAAGUGAAGCAGCCUGUCUUCGACGUCAUAGUUCUUGUGCUUGCAAUGGCAAUUCUUGAUGACGCCUUUUUACCAAACAUUCGUUCGGUCGAGGAUAUUUUCAAGACUCGUGUAUCUCUACCGCGUCGAUCCUUGAAAUUGGAUUUCAAAAAAGACAAACUCAACGUGCCCAUCUGUCGCCAGCCAGUUUACACCUCUUCCGGAAUGACUACUGACCACAUAAAACCUCUGAAGUACCACACCUAUUUAUACUUUCUCGAGCGAUUAAGCUUGGCUGUGGGGAUGAUUAGAGCUAUGAAACCUUAUGAUCUCCGGCGUGGUACUGGUGAGGCAGUCGACAGUAAGUUACUGUCCUUGAAUACGGUAAUGGGUCACGUCUAUGCCAGCACAUUUCAGAAAUAUAUGAACCAACGAGUUCAGACGCAUGUUCAAGCCGCAUUUCUCGGCUUACCUUCAGAAGAUGCAUUAAUGAAUAUCCUUAGCCACCAAAGUCGCUUCAUUGACCCUCGAGCCCCGUCCAAAUACGAUGAUUUGCCUGAGAACAAGAGGGCUUCCCUUUCAAACCACCCUGAGAUAAUACGCCUACAGCAAAUGCGUGAUACCCUCGCUGUGGAAGCCAGGGAGCUCUAUGGGUCCAUGAAGAACGCAACUGGCACAAAAAUUGGAGAGCUCAAAGCAAAAGCAGAUGCUGCAUUGAGAGUAGCGAAAAAGAAGGUGAAAGAAGCAACAUUCACUGGUGCUCGCAAUGAGUUCUUUGCCACCAUUGACACUUUGGAAAUCAACAAACAGCUCGAUCCCUCCCUUCUGGACAUCAAACAGGAUAUAUACGAGGUGGAAAGGAUUGUCCACCGUCUCAAGGAGCGCCGCCGAGUGGCAGACUUAAUGCAAGUGCCAUGUCACGAGCUUGCUGAAGACGAUGACAUCCUUCGACGGACUGUUUUGAUCAAUGCCCUUAUCGAUCUCGGCCGUGUCGAAAGGGUACCAUCUGAAAAUUUCGUCCCACAAAAACCGUCACAGAAUACGAUCCACAGCAAAAGCCAGGAGUCCUCGCCAGAUGAGCCUGCUUGA